AUGAGUUUUGCAGAGAAUCUUAUUGAUGGACUUGAUGUUGUUUAUAAACAUUCACAAAACAACACUAAGGCAUUUGGAGAUUUUAAAGACUUUUUAGUAAAAAUGGCUAAUGCCCGUAAGGAUUAUGCUAAAAGCAUGCUUCGUAUGGUUCAAGAAUUUAGACAAAAACGAAUUUGUGGUCAAACAACACUUUACUAUGGUACUGUUAAAGAUGCUUUAGAAACGUAUUUAAAUGCUCUUGAAGAAGAUAUAAACAAAGAUACUGCUAUUACUAAUGUACUUUCUACUUCAGCAAAGGUAUUUGAAAACGAUAUUAAAGAACUUGAAAAACAAUCAAAGGGUUUAAUUUCUGAUGGAAACAAAAUGACAAAGGCUAUUGAAUCCCAAAAAGAUGUUUUGAAAAAGGAAAAAGAAAAAUUCAUUAAAUUAUAUAAAGAAGCUGAAGCUGCUACUGCUGCAGUUGAAAAAGCUAUGCAAGACCCUUCUACUAAAGUCAAUAAAAUGCAACAACUAACUUCUAAAAAAGAGACUGCUAUUGAAAAAGCUAAAGAAGCUGAUUCAAAUUAUCGUGCUUGUGUACAACUUACAAACGAUAGAAUUCAUGAUUAUUAUAAUUCUCAACAACCAAAUCUUCUUUCACAAUUCCAAGCAUUUGAAGAAACGUGCAUUAAUACAUUAAAAGAUUUAUUAAAUAAAUUUGGAUUAGCAUAUACCGCUCUUCCUGAUGCUGCUAAUAAAUUUGUGGAUUUCACCAGAAGUAAGUUUGAUGCUAUUGAUGCUGAUGCUGAUAUUAAUACAUUUGCUACUACAAAAGCAACAAAUGGUCAUAUGCCUGAUGACAUUCCAAUAGAAGAUGCUAAUGGAAAUGUUUUAUUUGAAGGUGCAAGUAACUCAAUUCAGUCACAUCCUACUCAAAAUACACAAUUUACUUCAUCUGUAACUGAAACAACAACUAUAACUAAUGCCGAGGACAACUCCCAACCAGCCCAAGAUGGACUAGAAAAAUGUAACAUUAAUGUCAAAGCUUUAUAUGACUAUACUGCAGAAGCAGAAAGUGAAUUAACUAUUACUGAGGGUGAGACAUUAGUCAUCACUGAGAAACACUCUUCUGGGUGGUGGUUUGCUACAAAUAGUCAAGGGCAAUCAGGAUUUGUCCCUGAAAACUUUGUGGAAGUUAUUUAA